AUUGAUCCUAUGAUGAAUCAACAAACAAUUAAAACCCUUGCAUUCAACUUUUUAACCAUCAUUCUUUCUUCGAUCAUCAAGAAAUAUUGAAGGUAACAUGGCUGCAGAUAGAGCAGAGUGUGAGCGCAUUUUCAAGCGCUUUGAUGUGAAUGGCGAUGGGAAGAUCUCUUUGGCUGAAUUUGCAGAUGCUCUCAAAGUGCUAGGCUUAACUUCUCAGGAGGAAGUUCAGCGUCGAAUGGCCGAAAUUGAUAAAGAUGGUGAUGGCUUUAUCACACUCGAAGAGUUGAUUGAAUUUCACACCACCAGCCCAAACCUCAUGAAGGAUGUCUUGAAGAAACUCUAAGCUAUCUGCAUUUUGUUGAAUAUAUUCUUAUUCCCAUAUUAAAAACCUUCUCGUGGGAUUGUUAUGAAUUUUUGUUAUUUAAUUGAGAAUGGUUUCGAUGUUUAUGUGGGGCUUUCUUUGGGUUAUGAAAAGAUAGUCAUCACCAUCACCACUUCUUUCUAUUUUUUAUUUUUCAGUAAUUAAGUGUAUCUAUAUGUCUCACCAAUAGACAAAUAAAAGUCAUUUGUCUGAGUGCUUUUGAAUUUUUAAUGGUUUCUUUUUUCUUU